GUGGGAGCCAUUAAUUCCACGCGGAACUGCGAACUUGCUCGGAAGAAUCAUGUAUGGAGUCUUCUGACUAGAAUCUAGUCACUUUUGGAGCCCAAGUCAGUCAUAUACCCCGGAAAAGUAGUACAAAAAAAUAAGCUACCCACUAUUAUAUAAGGCAUCGACUUGCCUGCAGUACUACAUUAAUAGUUUCAGAGUGAAGUUGUAUCAAACUAGAAACUGGUACGCAUAAGCCUCAUUCAUUUCUCCACGACAUGCCGAUUUUCCUUAUUGCCGUCGAUGAGUCGAUUCCUCCGCCCAAACCCGAGCAAACAUUACAACCAUCACCGCAGUCGACGGUCGGCGUCAAUGUCGACAAUUUCUCGGAUGCAAUCCCUUCUCCGCCUUCCGACAAGUUCUACCGCUUCCUGCCCGCAUCCUCCGUCGUCCUGCUCGCUUUCAUGUUCGUCAUGUCAGCUUAUAAUGCCCGCGGGCAACCGCGUGACAUGUCUUUUGUUUUUCUCUGCUACACCAUUUUGUUGUUCCUUUUUUACUGCUUGCGAAAAUACGAGCGUCUGGGCUCCGACGCACCGCCUCGUCUGAGGAGGUCUCUGAAGGCCGUCAUCCUUCUCCUCGCCACCGGACUGAACGUCGCCUUCGCGUGUCGCGCUUCCGAGCUCGUCCCCUGGCCGUUCGCAGCAGUCAUCUGGGCGUCGGCCGCGUUCGUCGCGUUGAUCGGCUACUUCUCUCUCUUCGUCUGGAGCAACCGAGUCGUCGGCGUCGACGAUGGGGCUUUGCCGUAUAGCAAAUUGGAUGGCAAUAGCAAUAGCAAUAAGAACAACAACAAUAGCAAAGAGGAGGAGAAGCACUUUUUCCACAAUGAGCUCUCUCCGGAAGAAAAAGCUUGAGUUAGGCUCAGGUGCAGGAGGCGCUCUGGGCCGUUCAUUUAUCUCCCAGGUGAUGGGCGGUUGAGAUUGGAUGUAGAUAUUAUUAUUAUUUACAUAAUAAAGCGAAAGCGAUGGACGGCUCCGAUGGCUUUGGCGUGUGAAAUUUGAGAUUUUCGAUCAAGUAAUUAAAAAAAAAGAAAAGAAAAGAAAAGAAAAAUUCCUUGUGUACAAAAAUAAGAUUUGUUGUGCUCUGGGUUUGUGGUGGAAAUCCACAAUAUGUAGUAUGUGUAAGUUGUAUUAAAAAAUUGCUGUGUGCAAUAAAUAGUGUUAUUUAUAUUAUUA